AUGAGUCUAUUCUUUACUAACUACGGGUUUCAUUUACGACUUAAAGAAGUUAUAGACGAAAGCCUAAACCCGAGGACUAAGAAAAGAAUGGUAAGCUACGUAAAUAAGAAACGAAUCGAGGAAUCGCUCCUAGAGAAGAGGAACCCCGUCUACCUUUUGCGAAAAAAUAUUAAGACGAAGCGACCAAGCGCGAAGCUGGACUACACAAAACUCGGACCAUUUAGGAUCAAAGACAAACUUGGAGACGUUAUAUAUCGAUUGGAACUAUUAAAGGAUAUAAAGAUUUAUAACGUAUUCUAUAAAGCACUUCUUAAACUAGCACCGCGGAACGCUAAAAUCAUCUAA